CGUUGCCUCUCUCUCUCUCUUCUUCUCCCGCAAUUUCAUUUGAUAAUUGCAAAGGAGAGCCAGCCAAACUUUCUUUUUUCUUCCUUCCGCAAUCUCUUCAUAUUCUCCCCUAAAAUCCCGCUUCUCUACGUUUCUCCAACAAUUGCAGAGUUUCCCUGCCAAAUUCCCCAAACCCUGCCCCUAGGGUUUUGUUUUGUUCCUCAAAAGCCCUGAAUUUUGGGAAAAAGUCAUCGAUAAUCCUCUGUUAUCUAGGGCUACAGUGAGAGGAUUGAGGAUUCUCGUACGCGGCUUUGGUUAUACUGUCCAGGAGUGACGUACAGUUUCAAUUGCUGCAAGAAUUAUAAAUAAGGGAGGGGAAAGAUGAGUUUUCAAGAUCUGGAAGCGGGUCGUGGAAACGGAUUGCGAAGGGGGUACGCCAAUGGCAAGCAGGACCCGACGCAGGCGGUCGCUUCUGGAAUUUUUCAGAUCAACACGGCAGUUUCCACAUUCCAGCGCCUGGUUAAUACCCUCGGAACCCCCAAGGACACACCGGAUCUCCGUGAAAAGCUGCGCAAAACUCGUCUACAUAUUGGGCAGCUGGUGAAGGAUACCUCAGAUAAACUUAAACAAGCUAGUGAACAAGACCAUCAUGUUGAAGCCAGUGCAAGCAAGAAAAUCACGGAUGCAAAACUUGCAAAAGACUUUCAAGCAGUACUGAAGGAGUUUCAGAAGGCGCAGCGGCUUGCAGCGGAGAGAGAAACUGCUUAUACUCCCUUUAUUUCUCAAUCAGAUCUUCCUUCUAGCUACUCAGCUAGUGAUAUGGGCGUAGGAGCAGAUAAGACAGCAGAACAACGAUCUCAGCUUUUGGAAUCUAGAAGGCAGGAGGUUGUGCUAUUGGACAAUGAGAUUUCGUUCAAUGAGGCCAUCAUAGAGGAAAGAGAACAAGGAAUAGAAGAAAUACAACACCAAAUUGGUGAAGUAAAUGAGAUUUUCAAAGACCUUGCGGUACUUGUUCACGAACAAGGAACUAUGAUAGAUGAUAUUGGCUCCCACAUUGAGGGUGCUCACGCGGCCACUGGACAAGGAAAAUCCCAACUUCUCAAAGCAGCUAAGAUGCAGAAAUCAAAUUCAUCCCUGACUUGCUUACUGCUGGUGAUAUUCGGCAUCGUGCUUCUCAUAGUGGUGAUAGUACUUAUGGCUUGAUUGUGAUCGCCUAAAAUUAUGAGAAUCGAGAGAAAUGGUUAAAGUAUUGUUUGUUGAUUGUUUAUGUUUAAAGCAUUUUUGCUAUGUCUGCAAGGUGUUGUGUCUCAUCUCGAGGUGGGUUUUUGACAAAGUUUACACUGGUUGAAUACUGAUUUGGUUGUGGUUUGCUAUUGUUUUGUUUCUUGUAAAUUCUUUUGGUUCUACAGUUCUAUUCUGUUGGAUUUGAUCACAAUCUUCAAAUUCAUUAAAGGUCAAUUGUCAUGCUCUAA